CACUGCCAGUACACCACGCGGACUCGCCUCGCGAAGCCGUCCACAAUAUUCGAUACGCGAAACUAGCACCAAACAGUUCAACGAUCACCAGUGAGAAUCUGUGAGAGAACAUUUACCACACAAUGCUCCGAGUGUUGUUGAUAAACUUUCGAUAUCUAGUGAAGUGUCUGGAACUAAUGCACUAAAUCGUUAAGUCGAACGUGUACUUAGCAACGAUUCAUCACUCAGUGAUCCGUCAACGAGUGUAAACAGAAACUAAGAUUGUGUGAACUGUGUGAACAUAACAAACGGAAAUGAACAUGCAGAGAACAUAUUCCGGACCACCACUGCGUUGUUAACAUGUCAAGAACGCCACUUUCGAUUAGAAAAGCGAUGUUAAAGAAUAAACCGCCGGAUAAGCUAAUACUUCGACUAAAGCUUUAAGAGAAAUAAUAGAAGCAAAAUUGUAGUCAAUAGGCUUACAUAUUUUGCAGACUAUAAAACAAAGAAAGACUUAAAAGAAACUAAAGAGAAAGGAAAAGAAAGAAAAGAAGAAGUUAAUAAGGGAAUCAAAGCACUUAAAAUGGGUAUACAUGUGCUACUUGCAUCCAGUGCACUCAAAACAGUGAGUGUCACCGGCUUGUGGCUGAUACCGUUGCUGUUGGGAGCUUUUACAUAUCAUAAUUACAACUCCUAUGACCCAGAAGCUAAAGUACUAGAUAAGGAACCGAGAAGGGAGUACGACUUCAUAGUUGUUGGAGGAGGCUCUGCUGGUGCUGUGGUAGCGAACAGGCUGACAGAAAUAAGCAAUUGGAAUGUACUCCUCCUAGAAACCGGUCCUGAUGAGAAUGAAAUAACAGACGUGCCUUCGCUAGCGGGCUACCUACAACUGACGAAACUGGACUGGCAAUACAAGACCGAGCCCACACAGUACGCGUGUCUUGGUUUCAAGAAACAGAGAUGUAGCUGGCCGAGAGGAAAGGUUCUUGGUGGAUCCAGCGUUCUCAACUACAUGAUCUACGUUAGAGGAAAUCGACUAGAUUUCGAUCAAUGGGAAUCAUUCGGCAAUCCAGGCUGGUCGUAUGAAGAAGUUCUUCCUUACUUCAUUAAAUCCGAGGACAAUAGAAACCCAUACUUAGCGCAUAGCAAGUAUCAUGGUCGCGGUGGUUACUUAACUGUCCAAGAGGCACCUUGGAGAACGCCGCUAGUUGCGGCAUUUGUCGAAUCUGGAGUUGAAAUCGGAUAUGAAAAUAGAGACAUAAAUGGAGAGAUACAAACUGGGUUCAUGAUAGCACAAGGAACUAUACGACGUGGGUCAAGAUGUAGCACAGCUAAAGCGUUUCUAAGACCAGUACGGACGCGUAAGAAUCUUGAUGUUUCAUUGAAUUCUCAAGCUACAAGAGUUCUCAUUAAUCCGUUGACAAGGAAAGCUUACGGUGUAGAAUAUUUCAAGAAGGGGGUAAAACGAUUCGUUUACGCUAGGAAAGAAGUAAUUUUAUCUGCAGGGGCCAUUAACAGUCCACAGCUUUUGAUGCUGUCAGGUAUUGGACCCAAAGAUCAUUUGAAAGAAGUUGGGAUUCGUGUUUUAAAGGAUUUACCUGUUGGUCAAAACUUACAAGAUCACGUAGGUGUGGGAGGGUUAACAUUUUUAGUAGAUAAACCAGUAGCAAUUGUUCAAAAUCGUUUUCAAGCUUUUCCUGUGACAAUGAACUACGUUGUAAACGAAAGGGGCCCAAUGACUACUUUAGGGGGCUUAGAGGGUAUUGCAUUUGUGAACACAAAAUACGCUAACAAAUCUGGUUUAUGGCCAGAUAUUCAGUUUCACAUGGCACCGGCUUCAUUUUCUUCAGAUAAUGGUCAAAUCGUGCGAAAAAUUCUCGGUUUGACAGACGAAGUAUACGACACAGUAUACAAGCCAAUUGCAAAUAAAGACGCCUGGACAAUAAUGCCACUAUUGCUUCGACCAAACACACGUGGUUACGUGCGUUUAAAAACAUCCAAUCCUUUUGAUUAUCCAGUAAUGAAUCCACGUUAUCAUGAAGAUCAACUAGAUGUAAAUAGGCUAGUUGAAGGCAUCAAGAUAGCACUCCAAGUUGCUAAUGGCACUCCUUUCAAACAAUUUGGAUCAAGGUUGUACACGAAGCCACUUCCAAAUUGUAAACAACAUGAAUUCAUGUCGGAUGCAUACAUCGAAUGUCAGGUCCGGACAAUAAGCAUGACCAUUUACCACCAGAGUGGAACAGCCAAAAUGGGUCCUUCGUGGGACCCUGAAGCAGUUGUGGAUCCUAGACUUAGAGUUCAUGGCAUCGAAGGCUUAAGAGUAAUAGAUGCUAGUAUUAUGCCAACAAUAGUUAGUGGAAAUACCAACGCAGCUGUUAUAAUGAUAGGAGAAAAGGGUUCUGAUAUGAUAAAACAAGACUGGUUAAAUAGAUGAGAAUAGCUCAUUCAAAGUGGAUGAUUCAGUGUGUGUCGAAUGUUACCAGAUGAUUACCAAAGUGAACUAUAGUUGUAAAUAUGUUUAAAUAUAUAUAUAUAUAUAUAGGAUGAGUCUUAGUAUAAGUCAGUGUGAAAGAGGGUAUUUUUAUUUUCUGCUUGAAAUAUAUGAAAGACAUAUCUUGUGUGUACACGCAUGAAAACAAAAACUGAAUUUCACUUGUUUUAAGGUAUUGUCAAUAGUGCUAGAAGUCAUUGUAAUUUCGUCAAAACCAAUUUUGUCUUCGCUUUUGAAGUCUUGACUUAAAAAGAAAAUUAUAUUAUUAUUUAUUUAAAAGAUGUAUGGUAAAUGUACUUUAUAAUCAUAGAACAAAAUUUCUUAUAUUUCGUAUUAUGAGCUUCGCCUUAAUGAAGUUUUCACUUUUGUCGUAUCGUCUUAAGCACAUACCAGUGGGAAGCUCCUUUAGACAGGAUGCCUGUUAGAUUAUGGGUACCACAACGGCGCCUAUUUCUGCCGUGAAGAGGUAAUAUGCAAACAUUAUUGUGUUUCGGUCUGAAGGGCGCCGUAGAUAGUGAAAAUUUCUGGGCAAAUGAGACUGAACAUCUUAUGUCUUUAAGGUGACGAGAGCAAGUGUAGAGCAGCUCAGAAUUUUUGGGUGUUUCAAGAAUCCUGAGCGGCACUGCAAUGUAAUGGGCAGGGCGUAUCAAAUACCAUCAGCUGAACGUCCUAUUCGUCUCAUCGCUUAUUUUCAUCAUAAAAAACGGUUGUUUUAUGUUGACAGGAGAGCCAAAGUCAAAGUAUUUUAUCUAUUCUCAGUUAAAACAUAUAUAGGUAUGUAUACUAGUUUCAUUACGACCCAUAUGGCUCAAUGGUCAGUCACCUUGCACACUAACGUAGAGGUCUCGGGUUCGAAUCCCAGUAGAUGCAAACAGUUAUACGAUAUAUUGAAUAUGGAUGUUUGUUUCCGAGUCAUGGAUGGUAAAAUGUAUUUAUAUAUGUCCAUCGUAUUUAACAAAUCAUUCUAUUGCAUCCAGGCUAUGCCUAGUUUGGGGCAAGAUAAUUUGUGUAAAAAUACCUAUGUCAAUAUUAUAGUUAUUCAUAUUAUAUUUAUGAUGAAAACAAUGCAUGAUAGCUUAUAGCCCGUCAUUUUAAAGUACAAGUAGUAGGCGAGAGUCAACUGUUCUCCCGGACUUGUUUUAUACGUAUAUUAUAAUGAUUUUCAGAAAUUGCGAAUAUUAAAAAAGAUAUUCAGAUCAUCAAUACGUUGGCAUCCAGGUUCUUGUGCCAUACUUAUUAUUAACAAUAAAUUGGUAAUAUACUUUAAAUACGACAGACACAGUUUUGUAUAUGAAUUACACUUAAGGGCCUACCUUCAAAAAUAUCGUAUCAAUUUUUACUGUACUAUUCAAAAUAUUGCAACAGUCAUGAAAGGAUUAAAAUAUACAUACGCGAUAAAAAAAAACAGUUAAUUAGAUCUCCGCGCAACGUAUUUUCAAAUGCUUCUAAAAAGCGCAUUAUUUGAAGUUGAAAAACAUGUAACUGUGCCUAUUUCUGCCGUGAAGCAGUAAUGUGUAAGCAUUAUUGAGUUUCGGUCUGAAAGGCGCCGUAGCUAUUGAAAUUACUGUGCAAAUGAGACUUAACAUCUUAUGUCUCAAGGUGAUUAGCGCAAUUAUGGUAGUGCCACUCGGAAUUUUUGGGUUUUUCAAGAAUCCUGAGCGUCACUGCAUUGUAAUGGGCAGUGCAUCAAUUACCAUCAGCUGAAUCGUCACGUCCCAUGUUGUUAAGAAAAGUAACGAUUUUCACUGAUUUUUUUAUAUAAGGUAUCACGAAUCCAUAUACAGCUCUUACAGCGAUUAACUCUACGUUUUUCCGCACUUUUUAUCCCUUUUACGGGAGUUUGGAUCAAAUGGGAUUAGUUCAUUAGAUUAAGUUAUAUUAAAUUAUUUUGAAUGUAUGCCCUUAAUUAGUAUUAAAUACCAUUUAAUGAAAAUUCCACUGCCUAUUAAGUAGUCAUUUAUGUAUGAUUGUUAUUUGUUUGCUCAUAUAAACUGUAAAUAAAUUUGUUAAGUUUCUAA